UGAUGAUUUGACGUUAGGUGUCAAGUCUAGGAAGGCUGAUUUUAUUUUAGGAGAAAUUAAUUAUUUAUGAAAUAUAAGUGAAAAUGGCUACAAAGGGGUUGUACUGUAUGGACGGCUCCGAUUAUGAACAUAGACAACGCAUAGCUAGCCAUUAUCAAAUAAGUGCUUUAAAUAAAUCAAGACUAAAGUAUUGUAUAUUUUUCCAUUAUUUACUGUUUUUUGCGAUGUUAGCAAAGCUUUCUGCAGAUAUUUUAGACAAACUAGAUAUAUUUAUAUUAGAAAUUGAAGAAUUGGACAUUCCUAAGCCUCUUUGGUGGGAAUACAUUUGGUGUAUUAGCCUUCUGUUGUCAUUUUUGGGAUUAGAAGCUAUAAAAAAGAAUAAAAUAUCUUUAAUGAAAAAAUAUAUGACGGGAUUGUUGCUCUUUGGAUUUCUACCACUUUUCUAUGCAAUUGUAUACUAUUUUUCAGACGUUUGGAUUUACUUAACUUUCGAAGAUAAAGAUGAAUUAGAAGAUGUUCACAUGUGGCAGGGUUAUCCAUACGGAAUGCUAUGGUAUGCAUUUAUACUGUUAACCAUUCAAGUUCACCUGUUUUCCAUGUACUUCUCAUGGAACCUACUCACGGCGUGGAAAAUGAAGGGUACCAAGAAAUUUGAAUAAGCGUUUAGUUGAAAUAGUAAGAAAAACAAUUUGCUCACUUUUAUUGAUGUACUAAAGUUAUCUCACAUAGCACAUGUUAAGAAUACAUUAUUCAGUCUACGUGAAUACUCUAUAUUUAUAAUUGAAAUAAUAUUAACAGUCUGAAUAUCAAAUCUCUGCCAACGAAUUGUUUGUGAAAAAAAAAUUGCUUAUUAUAUUGGAAAGUAACGUUAAAACUGUCGAACUGUGGACCACUAUUACUUGCAUUUUGUUGUAUAAGUGAAUAAAUAAUGCCAACACACCACUGCCUUUUUGUAGGUCGCAGUAUUGGGAUUCUCGAGUAAUGUGCUGUGUGAAGGUAAAUCUAGCUACGUUAAAUGCAUGUACAUACAAUUAAGAGCCCUCUUAUCUAAAAUAUUAUACCUUACUUAUUUUUGUACCUCAGAUUUAUUUUUUAAUAUGUCUCUACUGUAAUGUUGAAAUUAUUCUUAAUGUUGCGUCCUGUAGGAGUUCAUUGUCAUCUGAAUGUGGCGUUGAAUUUGAUUUUUACAUUUAAUUGGAGUCCGUUAAAAAAUUGUUUUCCCAUGUUGAAUGUUUGUUUAGCAAAUUGUUAUGUUGUUUUCCUAUUUUAUGUAUUUUUCUAUGCAAUUGCUCGGUAAUUGCAUAUUAUAAAUAUAUGUCAUUUUUUU